AUGAAGUUCCUCCCACUGAGCGAAUUCGAAGACGUUACAAACGCCCUCAACUUUGACACUCCUGACUGCCACGUUGUCGGAGGAUGCGACCUCUAUACUACAAAGGCUGCUGGUGGAGAUAAGAAACUGUACAGAAAUAUUGAGAAUUCUCUCGAGUCGCAGUAUGAGUCACUUCUGCGACUAUCGGCAUCACUUUCGCCACCGCAUGCCUCUUCCGCGGCCGCAUCGCUCAACCUCUCGCGUUCCAGUCCCUUUGGCCCGUUAAGUGAGCACUCAAGCCGUCGAACUUUCGCAUACCUGAUCGCUACUCUCAACGCAAGCCAUCCUGACUACGACUUUUCUCACUUAUUACGACCUACAGACUUUCGCCGGGAGAAGAGUUUGAAAAAGGUCAUGAACACGAUUGACAGCACGUUAUUUAACCUGCGUCCGCAGAUGGCGAGGGAUGUUACGCCGCCAACACCGCUCAGCGGUUCUGCGCCGCAUGUUCCAACAACAGCACAUUCGUGGGGCCCAAGGAUGUGGAAAAUAAUUGAUGAGCAAAUGUCGCUGAAAGAAUGUAGCAUAUAUUGCUACUCUCCCGAAGAAGAUCCUUAUGACGGAGAUGAUGCUUCCAUAUGGAGCCUAAAUUACUUCUUCUUCAACAAGGCGCGGAAGCGUGUCUGUUAUCUCUACCUUCGUGGAAUCAGCGUUCUUAGUCGACUGGCGGACGGCGCCGCAACUCCAAUCGCGACGAAAAGAAACAUGGACGAUGGAUACUUGACUCCGGAUCUUGGUGCACGGAAACGUGCACGAUACUGGUUGGGUGAUUACGCCUUUGCCAAGGCCCAAGACUUAAGUAGCGACGAGGAUGACGAAAUUGAAAUACUUUCCGGACCGUCUAGACCCGUUGUAGACGAGCAGGGGAACUAUGCACUGAGCGAUGAAGAAGUACGCUCGAGGUCUGGUAGUAAGACGAACGCUGUCAGAACGAUGAGCGAGGAGGUGGCAGAUUCCAUGGAAUUUUAA